CGUUAUCGGCCGGUCCACGUGCCACGAUUGCUGGCAAAAGUCACAGCAAAAGGAUGCCGUGCAGGCAGCCUACAAGUAGGUUGGUUGCAAGCCUCAGCGCACCGCCGUGGCGCCUCGCCGGGCCCAUUCUGGCUAUCUGGGGUGGCUAGCCUAGAUUUGGCAUCGAUUUGGCAACCCCGCGUGGGCACGGCACCUUUGGGGCACCUUAGGACCAGGCCAGGAGCAGUUGGGCUCUUCUUCUUCAAGGGGCGAUAACCCGGCUCCAGAGUGGUGUGCUGCAGGUGUCAUCGUGGCGUCGCCCAGUGAGAGGGGGAGAGAUGUAAUAGACUUUUGGUAUUUAUUGCAUCCGCACCCCAUCUGAGCUUGCUCUCGUCAACGUCACAUGGCCCAGAUUCCGUCAAGCACCAUCAUGGCGCCGCCGCCGCCAGAGGACGGGGCCAGCUCUCGCGGGAGACGGCGGUCUCACCACGCCUGCCUCAAUUGCAGGCGAAAGAAGACGCGCUGUCCCGGCGAAAAGCCAGCCUGUUCCAGCUGUCUUCGGCUGAGGCAGUCUUGCUCGUAUCCCGCUGCCACGCGAACAUCGCACGGCGACCGAUCGGACGAGAGGCUCGCGCACUUGGAGGAGAAGCUGGAUAUCCUUCUCAGCGGCAGCUUGGCGAGCAGCCAUGCCACACGACAAGAACACGCACUCGAAGAGGCCGCCGACACGUCGGAAAAGUCACACUCGGCCACGCCGCCUGGCCCUGAGCUCAACAGGCCCCAGAGCCAUGGCCGUCUCCCCUCUGUGAUGCCUGAGUCGGACGAGUCAAGUCUGCGGCCCAGCCCGUCGGACAUUGCCGUUGGCGUUGGUCUUUACUUCAAGUACUGCCACAGGCAACCGAUAUGGUGCUUCUCGCGUGAAGAUGUCAGCGACUACAGCACCCUCCCCGGAGAGCUUGCCUGCAGUAUUAUGGUACUGACGUCCCGGUUCUCAGAAAAACGGGACCAGCUGCAGCGUUACGGCGACAGCGCGAAGCAUCUCGUCAUGCUUCGCCUUGCAAGUGGCACGGUGGACCUGACCACCAUUGAGAGCAUGUGCCUGCUCUCCUACUCGUCUUUUAUAGAUGGAAACUUUCACCUCGGCCAGUUUCAUCUCGGCCUCGCGUUCCAGCUUUGCCGGACAGCCAUGCUGGACUUGGAGUCGGUGUAUACCGUGGACGACCCAAACACAGAAAGGAAGAAGAGGCUCUUCUGGAGCCUUCAGCUUCUGGAACAGUUUUAUGGCCGUCAGAAUGGGCUCUUGAGCAUCCCCACGGACAGAUGGCGACCGUACCACACGCAAUCGCAGAGCAGUGAUCGAGGGGAGCUGGACCAUAAGGCGCCACCGUUACCACGAGACGAGCUUGGGUGCGCAGACCCCGACGAGUCCGGGAUCUGGAACACGAGCGUGCAUCUGGCAUGGGUCUGGAGCCAGGUGCGCAAGUACGUUUCCAACUGCGCCCACAACAUUCUCAAGGAGCCGUGGCGCCACGACUCCAUGUACGCCAAGGUGCUCUCCGAUUUCAUGGAAAUUGAGAAUAGGAUCCCCAUAUGCCACCGCUACGACUCUGCCAAAUUCUACAAGCGCAAGGUGGAAGAACUAAAGGUUAACCGGGACUACUGGGCGCCAUGGCUGAAGGAGCAGUUUACAUACCACGCCAUCCCCACGGUCUUGAACCACCCGUUCCUGUACAUUGUCGGCGCACAGCACAACCCCAACUUGGCCAUUCCAAAUACGUUUUGGAGGCGAUCUUCCGAGCUGGCCCUCCUUCAUGCCACAUGGAUUGCUCGCAUGAUCGACAUGGCCGUCGACAAACAGGUGCCGCUCGCGGACCCCUUCUUUGGCCAUGCGGCCGCCAUCGCAGCCACAGUGCAUCUGUACUACUGCUGUGCAGCCGCUCCCAGGCUCAAGUACAAGUCCAACACGGAUUUCGUGAAGUGCAAGAGAUUCCUGAAGCGAUUCGUGCACACUUCUGCUGCCUGCAAGGCCCUGGUAUGAUACCCGCGAAGUUUGGAGGGCCAUUUCAUGUUCCUCGUGUCGAUUUUGGUGCUGACCCAAGGCGCGUAGGAUCGCAACCUCGAUAAGAUGACCCGAAUGGCGGCGGGUCCUGAGAGCAUGGACAUGGAGGACUGGAUGCCCUCGAAGAUUUAUCUCAGCGUGCCCCUGAUGUGGGAGAUAUUGCAGUUCAGCUUCACGGAUGACUCGCACGAAGCAUCGACUGCGGGUUUGCUGGAUGCUUCGCUCACACCCCCCGUCGCGGCCGACGAUGCGAGCGAAGGCUCAACCCUGGAGAUUAUAGUCGCAACUUCGCCCGAGAUCAGCAUCAAUACGGCCGAUGGCGGACAGGAGGCGCCGACGAUGUCCUUCAAGGCCUCUUCGCAUUCGCAUUCCGCGCGCGAUUCGCCUUGGAGCACGUACCGUGACGAGGACAGCCUGGCUUUCCACUUCACCCCGUGGCUGUAUGCCGAUUCUUCUCAGUUCAUUAGCAUGGGCGACAUGGGGUACUAUGACACGCAACCCGCCAUGGGCGAGUCGCGGAGCAUGGCGUGGUGGGAGGGGGACAACUUCAGCAACAUCAUGUUCAAUCACUUUUAGCGAGCCGUCAUGACUUUAUGGGUAACAAAAAGCGGGUGGAGAGAGUAGCGGGGAUUAAUAUGGUUUGGGCAUUCUGGGAACUGUGAAACUUUAGCGACAGAUGAAUUGUUGACAUAGCAAGCCUCUCAGGUUGCCUUUGACGGAAGGAAAUUCGCUUCACAAGUAGAUAGAUAUAUAUUAAUGUACUUCGGGGAUUAUCUUAU